GAACCAUAAUGUGAGGCUCCUGUUUGCAGCCGAGACACAUUAAUGGUGCACAGGGAGGCCUGGGUUGCUGUGGUAACUACAGACGCGACCUAAUUACCGGACCGGAAGCGGGGCUCUGAUAAAUGACGUCGUGCUCGGUGAAGAAUCAAGAAUGGUGUCAGUAGAAGGGAGAAGAAUGAGCUCGGAGAGGUUGCUGCAGUCCGGCCCGGAGUAUCUGGCACAAAGGCAUGUCCUGACGUACAUGGAAGAUGCCCUCACCCAACUUGUAGAGCACAAAGAUGACACUGAGCACAGUGACGUUGCCAGGUUUUUCUCUGACUAUUUCACCAGCGUGUCUCAGGGCACCCACGUCCUGUUCAGAGAUUACUCCUUUGUUCAGUGCACCCCUCAUAACCGGGCGUCCUUUCUACGACUCUUCUGGAGAUGCUUCAGGACAAUCGCUAAGAAUGGAGAUCUCUUGACCAUGAAGGAAUAUCACUGCCUCCUGCAGAUGUUGUGCCCAGACCUUCCCAUGGACCUGACACAGAAAGCAGCAAGGAUUGUACUGAUGGACGAUGCAAUGGACUGUCUCAUGUCAUUCUCCGAUUUCCUGUAUGCCUUCCAGAUCCAGUUUUAUUACUCUGAGUUUUUGGACAGCGCCGCUGCAGUUUAUCAGGAUUUGCUCACUGGCAAAAGCUCAAAUACCGUCAUUGUCCCAACAUCACGUUCUGCUACACCACGCCAACGCCAGCCUUCUACCGAUGGUGCAUCUCUAGAGGGAGUGGAGACUCCACACUUUUACCAGUGUUUAGAGAACUUAUGUGAACGGCUUAGACACAGUACCUGCCCUCCUUUACCAUUAAUUGGAGAGAUGGUAAGCAGUGCACCAAGGCUUACUUUUUAUGGAUUUCUGAUGGCGCUGGCAAAGCAUGCUGGGAUUAACCAAAGUAUUGGUGCUUUGCCUGAUAAAGCGGAUUUGUUAGUUGAUGAAGCUCUGGAUAAUCAACUUGAGAAAAUUGUUGCCCAGUUGUCGUCUUGCUCCGUAACACAGCCUACUGCCCCCUACCCUCUUCCACCCAGAGACAUCAUCCGCAUGCCUUCUCCAAAGAAGUCUUUACACCGCCGUAGACGCCAGGACCUGGAGAGUGAUGGCUCCACCGAGGAGACUGACUCCUCUGAGAAUUAGAACCUGGAAUUUGCUCAUGAUCUGCUCGACUUGCUCGGCCUGUCCCAAUGCAGUCUCAACCUCUAUGUGAAAUUACCCUCUUCAUCAAAUUCAAUUUUUUUUUUUUUUUUUUAUAUAUAUAUAUAUAUAUAUAAUUUAUGUAUUUUAUUUAUUAAAAUAGACUCCUUUAAUGGUCUGUAUAUAUUCUGUUAUUUAUUUUAUAUAUUACAGACUAACAAAUCAUGCCCUGUACACGUGAUCCGAAAAUCGGACGACAGAUCGUCCGUUUUUUUUGUUGCACGCUAGUCACAAUAUUGAACCUGAAAAGUUUACUAAAGUUAUGAAAAUUCUCCUACAACAGAAUAAAAAAUCGUAAGUGA